AUGGAGUUGCCCAAGGUAACCCGUUUUCUAUGGUGCUACCUCACUAUCCUCUUGGCCUUUGGCCAAGUCUUGGUUGCGCAGCUGCCAAAGGUGGAGCCGGAAAUUCCCCAGGAUGGUCUUCAAGUUCGACUUGAACGUGAGCUGUUUGCCAAGCAGCAGUCCGUUGUCUACGCUAGCCAUCUCGAAUUCGAUGAAGAGCCAAAGAUAUCGGAUAGACAGUUCUUGAAGAUUGCCAUUGAUGCGUUCAAGGAGAUGAGACACAUGGUUGAUGAAAACAAGCUUGGAAAGAAGAAGAUUCCAAAUGUCAUGACGACGCUCCUCGUUGGCAAAGAAAUGAUAUUUGCGUCGUCGGCAAAAGGCUCAAACGACCCCAUCAGGGAAGACGGUCAGGUACAGGAUGACCUCGCCGAGUGCGGCAAAGAUUCGGGAAACAAGCACAAGAACAACGGAAGGUGUGGUGAGGUGAUGGCUUUCCACGAAUACUAUGAGAGUCGUGUCGAUCCAAAGAAAUUGGGCAAGGAUAGCGGCGCUCGAAUUGUGGCCAUUGCCUUUCCGCGGGAUGCUGAUCUGGCAACAGCGCAACCUGAAAUUCUGGCCCCCUGUGGUAGCGGCGAUAAUUGGGGUUGCAACAGGCUGGUCAAAGACCUCAAUGUAUUGGAUAACGACAAGGUUGCGGCGGAUCCGGAAAUGGCAGAUUUCGAUUACAAGAAGCUGAGGAAGGAGGGAAAACUCAAGAGCAUCAAAACCAAGUUUGAAGAGGGCAAUGGGUCAAAUCCCGCAGACAAGCCUGGCAAGAAUAAGCCAAAAGGGCCGCCUCCCAACAACUUGCCCCCCAGACCUAAUAAUAAGCAAAGGCCGUCCACCCCGGCAGAAACUGGAGACGAUGGAGAAGCAGAGGACGACGAAAAAGUCAACAAUGGAGGCAGCAAGAAACAGGGACCUCCUCCUAACAACCUGCCUCCCCGGCCGCCAAAGGCAGCUGCGUCGACCCCGGUAGACACGGGAGACGACGGAGAAGCAGAGGACAAGAAAGCCAAUGGCGGCAGCAAGAAACCGGGACCUCCUCCUAACAACUUGGCCCCCAGGCCGCCAAAGCAGAGGCCCUCCACCUCCACCCCGGUGGAGUCGGGAGACUCGGGCGACGAUGGAGACAAAGGAGACGACGGCAGUGGAGAGAAGAAGAAAGCUCCGCCCCACCGCAAACCGCGGCCGCCGAGGCCACACCACAGGUCAAGGGCCCCUGAUCAGGACGGUGAAAAGUCGGGCGACGACGAUGAACCAAGAGAUGCCGGCAAGGUUGCGUCCAGCGCCGGACGGCGGCUGCCGGGUGAGAUGCCUGGGAGACACGAGUCACGUCGCUAUUUCCGGGCCUAG